CUUGGCCAGUACACCCUGUGAAAACUGGCCGUAGUCACCCUGUGUGGUUAACAGUCGCUUAACAGCAGCCAUUGUGUGUCACGGAUUAAAUGCAAAAUAUGCCUGUUUUGGAGCACAUUAAAGCCAUGGCCGAAAGACCGACUCCAGUUGGGAACACCACGGCGCCGGCGGACGCAGAUGCAGAUGCUCCGCCCCAGGCUGUCCGGGAACUGACGCAGACCGACCAUUUGAACAGACGCCUCCUGAAGUCGCUCCUGGACAACAUGCAGGCCACCGAAGGCGUGGCGCAGGACAGCGAGAACGGCUCCAACGAGGAGGAGAACGAAUUCGAAGAAUAAAUGAUUUAUUAGAGUACAGUAAA